GCAGCUUCUGUAAACAUUCCAGCAUGGACUGAGGGUCAAACUCCGGCUCCCAGUUCUCUGUGUUCAGCUCGCUCAGUCUGCAGCCGCUGAAGCACAGAGCAGGAGACCCUCUCAUUCAACAUGUCCUCACCCCAACACCUGGCGGCCCACUCGCUUCCCCGGCACGCCCUGACCCGGCUGGCUCAGGACUGGCUGGCCGAGGACACGCCCGGCUUGGACCCGGCGGGCGUGUGCGUGGGGUCGGCGGAGGUGGAGGCCCGGCUGCUGUGUAAGAGCCCCGGCACCGUGCUGGCAGGAAGCCCCUUCUUCACGGCCGUGUUCACCCAGGUGGGCUGCACCGUGGACUGGAUCCACCGGGACGGGGACCGGAUCGGUCCAGACGCGAUCACCCUGACCGCUGUGGUGCGAGGCCCGGCGAGGUGCCUCCUCCUCGGGGAGCGUCCGGCUCUGAACUGCCUGGCCCGGGCGUCCGGGAUCGCCACCCGCUGCGCCCGGCUCCGGGCCGCGGCCAAAGCGGCGGGAUGGCACGGAGAAGUGGCCGGCACGCGGAAGACCACUCCCGGCUUUCGGCUGGUGGAGAAGUACGCCAUGCUGGUGGGCGGCGCGUCCACGCACAGGUAUGACCUGAGCGGGAUGGUGAUGCUGAAAGACAACCACAUCUGGGCGUCGGGGAGCAUCUCGGAGGCUGUGAGCGCGGCCCGCUCGGUGUGCGGCUUCAGCAGUAAGAUCGAGGUGGAGUGCGGCUCCGCAGAGGAGGGCCGGGAGGCGGCCGGCGCCGGGGCCGACGUCGUGAUGCUGGACAACCUCCAACCUCAGGAGCUCCACGCCGCGGCGCGAACACUGAAAGACCAGUUCCCGGCGCUCCUCAUCGAAGCCAGCGGCGGAGUGACUCCAGAAAACCUCGCCUUGUAUUUCUCCCCACAUGUUGACGUCGUUUCUCUGGGCUGCAUCACGCAGGGAUGUCCCGUCGCAGACUUCUCGCUCAAAAUACAAAAAUCAGGGGGUGACUCCAAACUUCUCAUCUCAAAUCAGACGUGCAAACAAUGAACGAGUUCAGAAAUAAAGCUGGGAGAGUUUCUCAU